AUGACAGAAUCCCCGAGCGCAGAAUCAGUUCGACAUCGAAGGCAUCAUGAAGCUUCGGAGGAUGUACGACCAACAAGCGACGAGAGUGAUAUGGACGGUGUUGUGCACGAUGAAGAAAGAAUCUCCAGAUUGACGAAGAUCAUUCCGCAGGACACUGGCAGUAUGGGUGAACUAGUAGACUCAGUUCUAGCACCACUGCCAUCAAGGUGGCGAAAUUGGGUGGUUCGGGGUGUGUUCACCAUAAUAAUGGUAUCAAUGUUUUGUUUCAUAGUGAGCAGAGGACCAACAUGGUUGAUGGCGCUGGUCUUUGCGAUCCAGUUCAAAUGCUUCCAUGAGAUUAUAAGUAUCGGCUUGGCUGUCUACAGAAUGUACGAUUUUCCAUGGUUUCGCCUGCUUUCGUGGUAUUUCCUUCUUACAAGUAAUUAUUUUUUCUUUGGAGAAAGUCUCAUAGACUACUGGGCGAUUUUAUUGAGGAAAGAUAACUUCUUGCAAUUUCUUAAUUCCUACCAUCGAUUGAUCAGUUUUGGCCUAUAUUGCUUGGGUUUCGUUUGGUUUGUGCUAUCACUGAAGAAAGGAUACUACAUGCGACAGUUCUCAUUGUUCGCAUGGACUCACAUAACGCUUUUGUUGAUCGUGUGCCAAUCGUUCUUCAUAAUUCAGAAUAUCUUCCAGGGCACCAUAUGGUUCCUCGUUCCUGUCGCGAUGAUCAUUUGUUGUGAUGUAAUGUCGUACAUGUUUGGCUUCUUCUUUGGUCGCACACCUUUGAUCAAGUUAUCUCCAAAGAAAACAUGGGAAGGAUUCAUUGGUGGAGCUAUAAGUACUGUCUUCUUUGGAGUGCUGCUCUCCUACUCUCUCUAUAACCGGCCAUUUUUCGUCUGUCCAGUGGAAGAUUACUACAUUGACAACACAAACUGCACGAUACCUCCUUCGUUCCAAUUGCAACAGUACACGGUGCCUCGCCCUUUGUCGUGGAUCCUCACAGUGUUGAAGCGUGACCCUCAUUUGUAUAUUUUCCCUUUUGUUGGCCAUGCGAUUGUCAUGGCGUUAUUCGCUAGUUUGCUUGGACCAUUUGGCGGCUUCUUUGCCAGUGGAUUUAAGCGUGCUUUCAAAAUUAAGGACUUUGGAGACGUUAUUCCCGGACAUGGAGGUUUAAUGGAUCGGUUUGACUGCCAACUGCUAAUGGGAACGUUCGUUAGUGUUUACAUUCACACAUUCAUCAGAGUGCCGAAUCCUGCAAAACUCGUCACACAAAUAUUAUGGCUUCAACCGGAAGACCAAAUUGCAGUGUUCAAUUCAUUAAAAAAUGAGUUGAUUCAAUCUGGACUGUUACAACAAUCUUGA